UUUUGAGGCCCAGGCGAAGAAGAGGAUUGGAGCGACGCGAGGGGCGGGUUGUGUGGAGAAGAUGGCGGCCGCCUGGGGCCUAUCCCUAGCGGCCGCGGCGCUGAGAGCGGUCACCCCCUGGCCGAGGAGCAGGCUCCUGGCGGCCCCCGCUGGAUGGCGGGCGCAUCGGGAAGCGUCGUCUUCCAGUCCCGAAGCUGGCGAAGGGCAGAUUCACCUCACAGACAGCUGCGUCCAGAGGCUUCUGGAAAUCACCCAAGGGUCAGAAUUCCUCAGGCUGGAAGUGGAAGGAGGUGGAUGCUCCGGUUUCCAAUACAAAUUUUCACUGGAUACAAUUAUCAACCCCGACGACAGGCAAGGAAAAAGGGGGUAUUUGAACAGGGUGGGGCAAGAGUGGUGGUUGACUCUGAUAGCUUAGCCUUCGUCAAAGGAGCCCAGGUGGACUUCAGCCAAGAACUGAUCCGAAGCUCAUUUCAAGUGUUGAACAAUCCUCAAGCGCAGACAGGCUGCUCCUGUGGUUCAUCCUUCUCUGUCAAACUUUGAUGCGAUGACUGGUGACCCAGAGAUUGCUACCCUUUGUACCAAUUCGAGGAACCUGGGAUUAGUGCAAUUCUACAGGUUUCCUUCCAAUCAUGUUCCUCUCUCCGUUUUAUUUCCCACAGUCCAGGAGUGUUGUGUUUUGCCACUGUUAUUUUUAGAAUGUGAAGCUUUUACUUUUGACUUAAUUUCUCUUGCACAGUUCUAAAGCUAAGCUUCUAGAUGCUGUUAACUAAAAUUUAAUAAUUGAAACCCAGUAUAAUCUAUAGAGCCUCCAAGAUUCCAAAAUUGGAAGUUACUUCUCUGGCCUUCAGAGCUGCUUGUACAUAUGUAUAUAGCUACGUAUAAAAGCUUCAUUUUAAAGAAAGUCCUCAUUCACUCGUGUUUUGGAUCAAAGUCAGAGAAUAGGUAGUUUGAACACUGGUUACUAAGCUAGAAAGGAUGAGAAAGGCAAAUGAAAUGUUCUUAUUUUCAGCUCACCCUUCUUGAAUGUGGUAGUUGACAUCCUUAUUUUCUGUGCAACACAUUCGCUGCCUCCCAUUUGUUAAAGCAGAUACGUUUUCCUUUCACACUCAUGAAUCUGCUAGAUUCACAAAACCAAAAGUCCAUCACUCAGAAAGCAGACUUAAGCCCCACUGAUAACUGAAUCACUUGAAAAAUAGCCUCUAUACUCCGUACUCCUACAGACAUUUCUGGAUUCUAUGAUCAUUUAGUGACUGAAUCUUUUUAAGACAUGUUGCUUCUCUUACCUUAUGAUGUAAGAUGUCUCUGGUCUCCUGCAUAGCAGGAACCUGUCCCUUUGUUGGUAUAGAUAACUUAGAGAUUUUCUUUUAGGUUGGAUUACCAGAUAAAGUGAAGUAUGUCCAGUUAAAUUUGAAUUUUAGAUGAGUGACAUAAUUUUUAGUAUGUGUCCCAAAUACUGCAUGAAACAUACUUAUACUAAAAAUUAUUUGUUGUUUAUCUGAAAUUCAAUUUUAACUGGGCAUCCUGUGUAUUUAUUUGUUAAACCUGGCAAGUUUACUGUAGGGUCAGUGAAAGAAAAUCGUUUUAAGCCACACAUUCCAAUGAAUUCUAAAGUACUUGUUUGGGUAUGGCACUUAAACAGGCUACAGAGCUAGAAAUCGUUGUGGUAUAUGUAUGACAGUGCUGGGCAGCCAGAAUUGCACGGACACCUAAAAAUGGACAAAAAUACCAUCACCAUGGUGAGUGAUUUAUACACGCUAAUGUUGGGGAAACCACAGCCAACUUUCUUCUGAGAAUUGAGCCGUGUUCUUUUGGCCUUCUGUUAUAAAGCAUCGAGUGGAGGGUCCGUAUUUGGCAGGAGCAUCCUAUCUAGAGAAAUGGGUAGCACUGAUCAUCACAGGGUAGCCCUCCCUUAAACUGUGGCCCUGAGCUCAUGUCAUGCAGCUCAGGCCCUAACACUGUCCAGAAACAUUAUUCCGGUUUUGUGUGUUUGUCUCAAGGGCAGGAAAGUACUUUUCUAGGAAUCUAGCAUUGAUGUUUAUGAUUCCUCUUAAAAUCCCUCUUUGCCAUUUCUCCAUAGAAAUGCCACAGGGCUGCUUAAAGGAAGUUUGCUUUUAGAAGUUUUGAAAUAAUUAUCAUCUGGCUUUAAUUGUAAAAUAAGGUUAGGUAAAUACAUAAAGAGAGGGAACAUUUAAGCAGUCUAUGGCCAGCAGCUGUAUUUAAAAAUAUUUUAUUUUUUUUGGACUAGGUAAUACAUAUGGUACAAAAUUCAAAGAGACACAAAAGGGGAUAUAAUGAAAAGCCUCCCAAUCCUGUACCCAUCUACCCAGUCACCCUCCCCACAAACCACCCUUGUUUCUAAGAAUUGAACCCACAGGCAUAACCCCAUAGAUAUAAUGUGAAAUAACAUUUGCACAAGAAUAUUCAUUACAGCAUUAUUUUUAAUAGCAAAAGAUAGGAAACAAUGGAAAUGUCCAUUACUAGGAGACUGAUUAAAUAAAUUAUGAUUUAUCCAUUCAAUGGAAUAGUAUACAUUUGUAAAACAGAAUGAGACAGCCCUUACGUGCAGGUAUGUAUUAAGUGAAAAAAGCAAAGUGUAGAACGGCAUGCAGGGUAGGCUAUCUGUGUUUGUAAUACAAGGAAACGUGUACAUGCAUGAGAUAUCCCUGGAAGGGCAAGCAGGAAGGUGAGGGUUGGGAGGAGGGACAACGGGAAUCGCAUUUAAGAAGGCGCAAUACCAGCAGGAUAUCCCAAGGAAUGCUGAGGAGUUCUGUGAAACAUGGGGUGUGAGGUGGAGU